AUGUUCCAUCUUACAACUAUUGAGGGAGAGGGGAAAAGGCCGAAAGUGGCAAAACUGAAUAUUUCCAGUCUUUUCUUGAUAUUGGUUUUAUCCUACUUGAGUGAUGGCGCAAAUGGAAAAGUUAAUUUCAAAGAAGUUGAUCGGAAAUUAAAACAGCUUAACAAGCCUGCAGUGAAGACCAUACAGAGUGAAGAUGGAGAUAUUAUCGACUGUGUUGAUAUCUACAAACAACCUGCUUUCGAUCACCCUGCGUUGAAGAAUCACGUUAUCCAGAUGAAACCCAACUUUGAUUUCAAAGAAGAGAAACCAAGCACAACGGACGAGUCAUCGAAGCUAGUGGUGUCUCAAACAUGGCGACGAAGUGGAAGCUGUCCAGAAGAAACUGUUCCGAUUCGAAGAAUUAGAAGGGAGGACUUACUGAGAGCGAAUUCCAUUCACCGAUUCGGAAGAAAACCUCAAGAAAUUGAUGUCUCUAAAUCAAACACAACAAAUCAGGAAGAUGGUCACUUUCCAUUUAUUAACAACACAAAACUUAAUUUUCCUACAAUGGCUAAUCGAUCCGCUGCAAUUCUUGUUACAUUAGGAUACAAUUACAUAGGAGCUAAAGGAGAUAUCAAUGUUUGGAAUCCAAAUGUGGAAGCAGACGAUGAAUUCACCACGGCUCAAAUCUGGCUUAAAGCUGGCCCUUGGGAUAAUUUCGAAAGCCUGGAAUCCGGAUGGACGGUAAACCCACAGUUAUAUGGUGACAGAAGGACCAGAUUCUUUGCACACUGGACAAAAGAUUCAUACAAAACAACAGGCUGUUUUGACCUCACAUGCAGUGGCUUCGUUCUAACAGGCACCGAAAUCGCCCUUGGAGGAGCCAUUGAGCCCAUCUCCAGUCAUUUUGGUCAACAGUACAAAAUAACAGAUCCUAAAACAAGCAAUUGGUGGCUAAAAUAUGGGAAGGAUAUACCUAUAGGGUAUUGGCCAGCAGCAACCCUAAUGUCUUACUUGAAACAGAGCUCUACAUUGGUGGAAUGGGGUGGACAAGUUUAUAGCCCGAACGUGAAGAAAAAGCCUCAUACGAAGACGCCAUGGGAAGUGGAGACUUUGCUUCGGGUUUAUUUGGGAAUGCAUGUUUCAUACGAAAUCCUGCCAUUGUGGAUUACUCGCUGGCUCUCAAAUAUCCUGAGUGGGUGGGCGCUUGGGCCGAUGACUAUUACUGCUACACUGCUUAUAAUUACCAGAAAAGUUAUGGAACUUUACCAGUUUUUUACUUUGGGGGACCUGGUUGUGUCUGCUAUAGAAGAUUGUGAUACAUAUCCUUUCCAUCUUACAACUUUUGGGAUAAAAAGGCCGAAAAUGGCAAAAUUGAAUAUUUCCAAUCUUUUCUUGAUGCUGCUUUUAUCAUAUUUGAGUGAUGGAGCAAAUGGAAAAGUUAGUUUCAAAGAAGUUGAUCGAAAAUUGAAGCAGCUUAACAAGCCCGCAGUGAAGACCAUACAGAGUGAAGAUGGAGAUAUUAUCGACUGUGUUGAUAUCUACAAACAGCCUGCUUUCGAUAACCCUGCGUUGAAGAAUCAUGUUAUCCAGAUGAAACCCAGUUUUGAUUUCAAAGAAGAGAAACCAAGCACGACAGACGAGUCAUCGAAGUUGGUGGUGGCUCAAACAUGGCAAAGAAGUGGAAGUUGUCCAGAAGGAACUGUCCCGAUUCGAAGAAUUCGAAUGGAGGACUUACUCAGAGCUGAUUCCAUCGACCAAUUCGGAAGAAAACCAAAAGAAAUUGUCUCUAAAUCAAACAAAAUAAAACAGAAAGAUGGAUAUGAACUUCCCUCAAUGGUUGAUGAA